CGGCCGGCGUCCCCGCCUCCCCUCCCGGGCCUGCCGCGUCGCUCGUCCUCCGCUCCGGGCUCGGGUGUGCGGGCCGCGCGCGAUGGGGUCCCGCAGCCCUGCGGCCGCGUGGCUGAUGCUGCUGUGUGCCGGGUGCGCGCUGCCACCGGGGCUCGCGCAGUACGAGCGCUACAGCUUCCGCAGCUUCCCGCGGGACGAGCUGAUGCCGCUCGAGUCGGCCUACCGCCACGCGCUCGACCAGUACGGCGGCGAGCACUGGGCCGAGAGCGUGGGCUACCUGGAGGUGAGCCUGCGGCUGCACCGUCUGCUGCGCGACAGCGAGGCCUUCUGCCACCGCAACUGCAGCGCCGCCCCGCCCGCGCCCGCCGGCCCCGCCAGCCACGCCGAGCUGCGCCUCUUCGGCGGCGUGCUGCGCCGCGCGCAGUGUCUCAAGCGCUGCAAGCAGGGCCUGCCCGCCUUCCGCCAGUCGCAGCCCAGCCGCGCGGUGCUGGCCGACUUUCAGCAGCGCGAGCCCUACAAGUUCCUGCAGUUCGCGUACUUUAAGGCCAAUGACCUCCCGAAGGCCAUCGCUGCGGCUCACACCUAUCUGCUGAAGCAUCCCGACGAUGAGAUGAUGAAGAGAAACAUGGCUUAUUACAAGAGCUUGCCUGGAGCUGAGGACCACAUUAAAGACCUGGAAACCAAGUCGUAUGAGAACCUGUUUGUCCGGGCGGUGCGGGCCUACAACGGGGAGAACUGGAGGACCUCCAUCACAGACAUGGAACUGGCGCUCCCUGACUUCUUCAGAGCCUUUUAUGAGUGCCUGGCUUCCUGCGAGGGCUCCAGGGAGAUCAAGGACUUCAAGGACUUCUACCUGUCCAUAGCAGAUCAUUAUAUAGAAGUUCUGGAAUGCAAGAUUCAGUGUGAGGAGAACCUCACCCCAGUCAUAGGAGGCUAUCCCGUGGAGAAAUUCGUGGCUACCAUGUACCACUAUUUGCAGUUUGCUUAUUAUAAGUUGAAUGAUCUGAAGAACGCAGUCCCCUGUGCCGUCAGCUACCUGCUGUUCGACAAGAACGACAAGGUCAUGCAGCAGAAUCUGGUCUACUAUCAGUACCACAGGGACAACUGGGGCCUCUCGGAUGAGCAUUUCCAGCCCAGGCCCGAAGCAGUUCAGUUCUUUAACGUGACUUCGCUGCAGAAGGAGUUGUACAGCUUUGCCCAGGAACACCUAAUGGAUGACGAUGAGGGAGAGGUUGUGGAAUACGUGGAUGACCUGUUGGAGCUGGAAGAGGCUGGCUAGCCUGCAGCCGCUAAAGAGACUUCUCUCCCGUGUUCCUUUUUCCUCGGGUGCCCAGGUUGUUGAUACCUCAAAGUCUUCCCUUUUUAAGGGAAAGGGAAGCCGCCGUCUCUCUUACUGUGGGGAACCAGGCCCAGCCUGUGCUCACGCUUGUCUACCGCCUUCUCUGGGUUCACACCCGUCUUCACGGUCCCCGGCCAUUCCCUCUUGUUCACACGCCUUCCCCCCAUCCCAUCUGUCCUCCCCAUGGUCACAUCUGUCUUCUACGUGACCCCACCUGACUCCUCCGUGUUCAGAAAGACAGCCUUCUGUGGUCUGUUUUUUCAAUCCCUGAAAAAAAAAAAAACAACAGUAUUAUUUUUAAAGUAAGAAAAACACUAAAAGACGAUAACUAUAUUUGAAGAA